UUGUUUCGUUAUCCAGCUCCAGUUAAUUUAGCUAAACAAAAUGAAUUACUGGCGUUGAAAAAUGAAGUAAAUGGAAAACAUCUUAAGAUUGGAACGUACAAUAACUACCCCAUGAGUUGGACUGAAAGAUUAGAAAAUGGUACUCUGGUUGGUCGUGGUGUUGCCUUCGUGAUAGUUGACAUUCUUCGGGAAAAAUUUAAUUUUACUUAUGAAGUCGUGACACCGAGAAAAAAUUUUUUGUUAGGUGAUCCCAGAUCAGAGGACUCUUUGUUAGGGCUAGUCAAUAGCAGUAAAAUCGAUAUGGCGGCAGCUUUUUUCCCAAUGAUGUUAAAGUACAGAGAGAUAGUGACGUACUCUGACUAUCUGGACGAGGGGGUGUGGAUGAUGAUGUUGAAACGGCCGAAGGAAUCAGCGGCGGGAUCUGGACUCCUAGCGCCAUUUGAUACUUACGUGUGGUAUUUGAUUCUCGCUGCAGUUCUAACGUACGGUCCCUUCAUAACUCUCAUAACAUGGAUCCGAUCAAAGUUAAUUCAAAACGACGAAGGCUACAUUUCUCUCUCACCGAGCACGUGGUUUGUAUACGGAGCGUUCAUUAAACAGGGAACUUCUUUGUCACCGGAGGCUAAUACUACGCGAAUUUCCUUCGCCACCUGGUGGUUGUUUGUGAUGUUACUAUCAGCUUUCUACACAGCGAACCUGACAGCAUUUCUUACUUUGUCGAAAUUUACUCUGGAUAUUGAGAAUCCUAUAGAUUUAUAUAAGAAGAACUACAGAUGGGUCACUUCAGAAGGCGGAGUCGUACAAUAUACUAUUAAAAAUCCGGAGGAAGAUCUGCAUUACUUAAAUAAAAUGAUUCUCAAUAAGCGAGCUCAGGUUCGUUCGGUGAGCGAUAAUAAAGAGUUCCUGCCGAUGGUGUCAGGCGGCGCUGUGUUGGUCAAAGAACAGACGGCUGUCGAUGAGCUCAUGUACAGCGAUUACUUGAGCAAGACCAGGAAAGGAGUUCCAGAAAACCAGAGGUGCACGUACGUCAUGGCACCGUAUCCGUUCAUGAAGAAACAAAGAGCAUUCGCCUACCCCAAGAACAAUACGUUAAAUAUAUUGUUUAGUACAGUACUCAAGUAUUUACUCCAGUCCGGUGUAGUGGAUCAUCUGGAACGGCGCGACCUUCCCAGCACGAGGAUCUGUCCCCUGGACCUUCAGUCCAAAGACAGACAGCUUCGUAACGCUGACCUCAUGAUGACGUACUUUAUAAUCAUCACGGGACUAGCGAUAGCAUCUGUGGCUUUUGUUUCAGAGGUGACCAAUUAA